GUUCCUUUGAGUGUUUUUUAUUUCAUUUUAAUACUACAAUUGAUAAAGGAUUUCAUUCAUUACAGGUAACGAUCAGUAUAAAAUUUCAACGGGGCAAAUUUUUUAUCUUGUCCUUGGUGGCUGCUGUGCAUCUAAUUUAUAUCCUGAUAAAUGAGGACUAGGGUUAUACUUAAACAGAGGUCAAUGUAUUUUUUGAUAGACCUUGCACUAAUUGCUUUACUAGUACCAUAUGUUAGAUGAGGGUUUAUUAGUGGCAAAGACAGUGAAUUUGUGGUGAUGUAAUUUGGGAAAGCUGACACUAGAUUUACAUAGAAGCAAAAUAAGGAUUUUGAAUUACAGGUGGAUAAAAAUGUGCUAGUUAAUAUGUCUAGCCGUAUAUAAGUGCUGAAUAAACACUGGUAUCUUGUCAUGUUUUGACUACCUUUCGCACAUCCUUAAUAGUCCAGUUUGGUGAGUCAUUUAUUCAUUAUAAACUCAUGAGGCAAGAAUGAACUAAAUUAAAAAUUUGGCCAGUGCUAUGAGCUUAACAUAAAUCCACAAGUUCCAGGAACUGAACAUAGAACUUAAUUUACAUCUUGUAUUGAAACUUGGUCAUUUUAGCCCUGUAUUUUGAUUGUCUGAGAGUUCUCGUUCAGCCACACCAAACAUCUGAAUAUCAUGGGGUUUUGCUAUCAUUCUGGUCUCAGUCAACCCUCAAGGUUUUCAUUUACCUUUUGUAACACGGAGACAUUUCUCUGUUUCUUGAUCUGGCACUCCAAAGCCUUGAUUUUGUUGUGUAUUGUCAUGCAAAUUAGACUGUAGAUGGUAAAACAAAAAGCACUCACUACAACGCCUAAAAGUUUUUUCUCCCUUGCUGUCUGAAAUGCAUAAGAACAGAAUGUCCUCUUUGUGACACAAUAUGAUAAAUUUUGUGCGCAUCAGAGCCACCAAUGACUUGGAAAAAUAUUUUGGACUUCCAUAUGUGUAUUAAAAAUGCAGUGAUAUGUGAAUGUGUGAUGGGGAAAUGGCUUACUGAUGAAAAAGAUAAAAAUGUUUUAAUCUGAAUAACUGUAAAGUAACUCUUUCAUUGUUAAAUAUAUUGUAAUCUAUUGAUGUUUUAUUCCAUUUUUUUAUUUUAUUUAAAAUGAUUGUCAAUUUAAAGGUAAAGAUUUAACAAAGAACCUCAAUGUUUUAAUUGAAAGAGUCCUUUGCUGACUGCCUGCCCCUAUUGCUGGCCAUGGUGUCCCCCCUUUCCAAGAGUGUGGUUUGACCAUUCUGGGCCCCUGGGCAGACCAAAAAAGGGAGCCAUUGUGAAUGAAGACCGCUUUUCCCAUUAGGCCCAGGCCGGGUGGUGAGGAUGCCAUGGGGUUAGGAAGAGAUGUGGGUUCAGCUCUUAUAGGUGGAUAUGGACGCUGGGGAAGAGACAGAUACGGUCCACCAAUAAGGACUGAUUAUCGGCUCAUUGUUGAGAAUCUUUCCAGCCGCUGCAGCUGGCAGGACUUGAAGGACUACAUGAGGCAGGCAGGUGAGGUGACUUAUGCUGACACUCACAAAGGUCGAAGGAACGAGGGGGUGAUCGAGUUUAGGCUGUACUCGGACAUGAAGAGGGCUCUGGAGAAGCUUGAUGGCACAGAAGUGAAUGGCAGGAAGAUCCGGCUCAUCGAGGACCGUCCUGGGGCAAAACGCAGACGCUCCUAUUCUCGCAGUCGCAGCCGCUCCAGGUCUCGCUCCAGGAGCCGCAGAUCUCGCAAGAGCCGCAGUCGUAGUGAGAGCAGCAGCCGCAGCCGCUCCCACUCCAGAGCGGCUUCACGCUCGCGCAGCCGAUCCCGUAGCAAGAAGAACAAGUCCAAGAGCAAAAAGGAGGACGAGGAGCGCAGCAACGGCGCUCAGAAGAACAAGGACAGCAGCAGGAGUCGCAGCCCCAAGAGCAAAAAGAGCAAGAAAGACGGAAAGAAGAGCAAGAAAGACGACUCAAGGUCCAGGUCACGUUCUCGCUCCAGGUCUCGGUCCAGAUCAGGCAUGAAAGACCGCUCCAGGAAAUCCGGCUCAAAGGGCCGUGAGCAGGCCAAGAGCGACGAUGAGGGCGGCGAACCAGAUAGGGGCUCUCGCUCACGUUCCCGCUCCCCCACUGAUUCCAAAUCCAGAGCCAGGUCUAAAUCCAAGUCCAAAUCCAAAUCCCGUUCCCCCUCUCCCGCCAAAGCCCGCUCCCACUCUCGCUCAGCUUCCCGUUCAGAGUCCCGCUCCAAAUCCCGCUCCCAGUCUCGUUCUCGCUCCCGUUCCCGUUCUUAGUUCUGAUUUUGGACUGUUUGUCAUGAGCCCUUGUACCCCUUUCUCCCCUCUGACCUCCAGUUACAUUCCCCACUCCCCUGAACACUAGCCCUGCCUCCUGUUUUUGAUAACUAGCUGUAGAUGACCAGGCACUCUGCUCGCUCGCUGUCUUUUAUGCACACGCUACUCCAUUUCAUUUGACUUUUCCUCGACAUAUUUUUUCAUUAGAGCCGUCUCGUAUGGAGGUAUUUGUAAAUUAACAGGGUGCAAUCUCCGUUUUAUAAGUUUCAAUUGAUGAUAUGGUAAGUGUCUUAGCCUUUUUUUAAUCAAACGUAGAAAUUCGUUGUGUUGUUAAAGUGCUGGGUGGGAAUAUGAUCCUGCAUCUCCUCACCUUUUGUGAAAUCCUUGUAUCAUUUUAUUUCAGAUUAAAAAUGCCUGUUCUACA